UGCUUAAAUUCACCGGAAUCUCGUUAAAUAGAUUAUUAUAUUUGAUCUCAAUUUUAUUAUCCACCUCUCUCUAUCUAGCAUCACUUUAUUCUGUUGAAAUUCGAUACUUUGCUGUUGUUUCAGAGAACGAGGACUCAAAGAGAGAGAAACUCACACACACUCUCUCUCACACACAAAGAGACACACUUGUUCAAAGUUGAAAGUUAAAAACCAUCUCUCUCUCUCUCUCUCUCUUUAUUUCUUUCUUUCUUUGCCUGUCACAAUGUCUUGUUCCAGGACUACUUCACAAUCUCACCUCAUUUCCUACCAUUACUAAUUCCUCACUUUCUCACUUACUCACUUCCUAGCUACCCUCUCUCUCAAAUCACACUCACAACAACAUCUUCUCAAUUAACACAAACUAGUAACUCUAACAUACUUGACUAGCUGCUGCAUGAAGUAGAAUAAGAUUAACAAUGACUGAUGUGUAUACAAACAAAACCAAGCUCUCAUGGUCAAAGAGAAUGGUCAGAAAAUUCUUCAAUAUCAAAUGCAAAACUCAAGAAGACACUACUAAUCAUCCAAGGGAAGCUUUUGCUUCUAGAGGAGGUCAUGGAUUAGAAUUCAGAAGCAGAAGCAGCUUAUCUGAGAGAGAGCCAUGCACAAUCAAGAAGAGCAAAACAGAGAAAUUUAGCAGGAGUUCUGAUCAUGUUAGGCGAGCGAGAAUGAACCUUGACCAUCCUAGAAUUAUAGAUGUUCACAACUAUAGCGUUUUUGUUGCUACAUGGAAUGUGGCUGGAAGAUCGCCGCCGAGUGAUUUGAGCAUCAAUGAUUGGCUUCAAGCCUCGCCGCCUGCAGAUAUUUAUGUUCUCGGAUUUCAAGAGAUAGUUCCCUUGAAUGCUGGUAAUAUCUUAGGGGCUGAAGACAAUGGUCCUGCUAAAAAAUGGCUGGCUCUCAUUGGAAAUACUUUAAACAAUCUUCCCGGUACGAGUGGAGGUAGCGGAUACUACACGCCUUCUCCUAUUCCUCAGCCAGUUGUAGAAUUGAAUGCAGAUUUUGAGGGAUCAGCUAGGCAGAACAAUUCGUCAUUCUUCCAUCGGAGAUCCUUCCAAACAACUUCUAGCAGCUGGGGAAUGGACAAUGAUCCCUCAACCGUGCAACCGCGACUAGACCGAAGAUUCAGCGUAUGUGAUCGUGUGAUUUUUGGUAACAGAAAAAGUGAUUUUGAUCCUAGUUUUAGAUGGGGUUACAGGCCUAGUGACUAUUCAAGAGCAAGUGACUACUCUCGAACGAGUGACUAUUAUUCAAGGACAAGUGACUACUCUCGACCGAGUGACUAUUCAAGAUGGGGUUCGUCUGAUGACGACAACGGCCUCGGAGAUUCUCCGAGUACAGUCUUGUUUUCACCGAUGUCUUAUGGAGGACCUGCUGCCUCUGGCGAAGAUGGACAUGGCAUGCCAGGGCGAUCGAAGUACUGUGUUGUUGCAAGUAAGCAAAUGGUCGGAAUCUUUCUUACCGUUUGGGUAAGAAGUGAAUUGAAGGAUCAUGUUAAAAACAUGAAAGUAUCAUGUGUUGGUAGAGGAUUGAUGGGUUAUCUUGGAAAUAAGGGAUCCAUCUCAAUUAGCAUGUCUCUGCAUGAAACAAGCUUCUGCUUCAUUUGUAGCCAUUUAACCUCAGGACAGAAAGAGGGUGAUGAACUAAGAAGAAAUUCUGAUGUAAUGGAGAUUCUUAAGAAGACAAGGUUUCCGCGCGUUCACGGAUCUGACAAUGAGAAGUCUCCAGAGACAAUCCUUGAGCAUGAUCGAAUCAUAUGGCUUGGAGAUUUAAAUUAUCGAAUAGCCCUCAACUACCGUUCUGCUAAGGCACUUGUCGAGAUGCAAAACUGGAGAGCAUUGUUGGAAAAUGAUCAGUUGCGAAUAGAGCAAAAGCGAGGUCGCGCAUUUUCUGGAUGGAAAGAAGGGAAGAUCUAUUUCCCUCCAACAUAUAAGUAUUCAACAAACUCAGAUAGAUACGCUGGAGACGAUAUGCAUCCGAAAGAGAAAAGACGAACACCUGCUUGGUGUGACCGGAUUUUAUGGUACGGAGAAGGCCUGCAUCAAUUAUCUUACGUACGCGGAGAAUCAAGAUUUUCAGACCACAGACCAGUUUAUGGCAUGUUUUGGGCUGAGGUUGAAUCAAAUCACGGAAAAUUGAAGAAAAGUAUUAGCUGUUCGCGAUCCAGAAUCCAGGUCGAGGAACUUUUGCCAUAUUCCCACGGAUACACCGAGUUAAACUUUUUCUGAGGACUAGAUACGAGAUACGCGCAGCCUUAUUCAACAAGCGGGAGUUCCUUUGAACAUUCAUGACAGAGACAAAGCACUUCCCAAAUACCAAGAAAGGUACUAAUAUGUAAUUUUACUUAACCCUCAUGCCUUACCCAACAACAACACAUGUUCAGUAGAUUCCAUCAAACACCAAACAUCAUCAUCAUAAUGUUGUUAAUGUUAACUCUAACUCAUGCCAGCUUCAUACUUUGAUAACCAUUUAACAAACACAAAACUUUACAUUGUCUCUUCCUGCAACAUCAUUAUUAUACAGGAGUGUGAAAGAAGAUGAAGAUAUUAUUUUAUUCAUGAUUCUUUAAUUAUUUUUGGAGAAUAUUCAUGAUGACUGAAUGAAAGUGAUGCAUUGUCAAAAUCAUCAUUUGAAGGAGUUCUAACUUUUAUUAUUAUUUUUGGUUCUAAUGAUAAGAAAAUGUGAAUUUUGAUAUUUAUACUGAUUGUAACAGUGAUGAAAAAAAAGAAAUUGUACAAAAGAAAGAGAAUGAAAUUUAUAGUUAAUUAAUGAUAGAAUUUCAGAGGUUGUAGUGGUUCUUUAUAUGAUUAGUGAGUUUACUGAUAAAGGUGGUUUUGUCAUCAUUAUAAGUAGCAUGCUCUUCUUUUUAUUACUGAGUUAU